AUGCCGGGGAAUAUGAGCAAAGAGGAUUCCCCGAGUCGGAGCGCUUCUUUGACGUUCACCAUAGACAACAUCCUCAACCUGAAGCAGCAGGACAGCGGAGACUUUGACGGCUCAAAGGGGCAGAGGGGCAGUGGAUGUAAGAACGACUUUCAAGCGCGGCGUGAGGAGGUGUGGGACGUCCGGAGGAGACAUGACAGCGGGUCAGAGGAGACAGCGAAGCCCAGAGCUCAUCGUGCGGACCGCGGAGAAAACGCACCGCUGCUGACCGCUGGCUCCAGUCCCGGGGCGCAAAGUGCGCACAGCGCCGAGGACGCGUCCGAGCAGCAGCAGCAGGCCAACACUGACACCAAAGCCAUGGUGAAGAAGAAGACGCGCACCAUCUUCUCCAAGAGACAGAUAUUUCAGCUGGAGGCGACUUUUGACAUGAAGAGGUAUCUGAGCAGCUCGGAGAGGGCGUGCCUCGCCAGCUCUCUGCAGCUCACCGAGACCCAGGUGAAAAUCUGGUUUCAGAACCGCCGCAACAAGCUGAAGCGACAGCUAUCCACGGACAUGGAGGGCCCACUGGCAGCCAAGCACUUCUCAGAGGCAGGAAAAAACGUGCAAUUACCGACUUUUUACAAAGACAGCAGCCUGCUGGGCGGAUGUUUGUUACCCAUGCCUUUCCCUGUCAUGUACCCGACUGCAAACGCUGCGCCUUACAUCUACUUCUCCAACACUGGCAAAUAUUUUGGCCUGUUUGAUGCGGACUGA